UGUAAGUAUGUAACUGUUAUCGAAGUCCUGUUGUAACAGGAAGAGGGUAGUGAAUUUAAGACAUUAGAUAACAGCUAUAAAUUCUAUAUAUAGUAACAUUAAAACCAGUGUUCUACAUGGUUUCAGACAUGGAUUAUAAAAACAUACCUGAUCAUGUUAACACCACACAGCCUACAGAGCUGCCAGGUAACGACUUUGAUCCGGUAAAGGCCGAGGCAGGUGCAAUAGCAGGUGCAGUGUUUGGGGUUCUUAUUUCAGUAGGUUUCAUAACAUUUGCAUGUGUCAUGUAUAUUAGGAAGAAAAGAGAACGAGAUCUAGAGUAUACACGUAGAACAAAAGUACUCAUGCAAUCUUCACAGAGCGCAGGGGUCUAUGUUGACACAACACAAGAAUUAAGUCAUGGCCGAACUAAAAACAUUAACAAUCGUGGUAGUGAAUAUAAAUCUCUACAAAAAGAUCCAAAUAUGUAUGAAAGUGAUUCCGAGGAUGAAUUGUGAUCUUCAAGAUUAGGUUAAACAUGAGAUGUGGAAAGGACUUUUAUUCAUUACAUCAAAGAAUGUAGUACAAUCUGUGAAC